GACGCUUGCUCGCAAAACAGCCAUCUGAAAUGUUCAACGCCCCACGACCCGCACAACGAUACGGGUCGACGUCCAACGGAUUCGGGGGUAGUUUUGUUGCAGAGAAUCCUCUGUCUGCCUCGGUUUACGACGGUCUCGAUCCAUGGAGUGCUGCUCCAACACCGUCACCACCGCCCAUCUCUUCUCUUCCAUCUACAUUCAGCUCCGUUAUAGCGGAUGCUUCGAUACCUGCGAUAUAUCACAAGGCGUUUUCUGCGGCUGACACCUCUAAUUCGGGAGAAACGUCUGUGAAUGCAUUGUCUCGCGUUCUCGCUACUUCAUCAUUGCCUGCAGCAACUGUCGAUAGGAUCGUGAAUCUAGUCAGCUCUCGCCCAAGAGUCUCAAAGUUGGAGUUCUACAUCGCUUUAGCACUAGUUGCAUUAGCACAGUCUGGCAGAGACAUCAGCAUCGAACAAGUAGCAGCUGCGGCAUCACAGAACAAUCUACCGGAACCCAGCUUGAACCUCGAAUCCCUGCAACCAAGCACGUCUGCUUUCACGACCCCAUAUCCCAACUAUAGACAGAACAGUGGACCACCAUUACGGUCUCCUGCUCCAGCCUAUGCAUCCGAGGAUCCCUGGAGUGCUUCGCGGUUUGGUGGUGCUGGAGAGUACAAUGACACGAGGACAAUAGUAAACGGCGCGCCUUCGACUGUUUCUGGGAGUGGCUUGCCGAAGGAUUGGUGGAAGAAGCAAGAGGCAGUGAAUAUCGCUAUACAGGGCCAACAAGGCUUCAUUCUGAAUCGCUACACUGUAUAUGAGAUUUCGACAGACCGCGGUGCAGCUGUUCAUCGACGAUACUCCGAGUUUGUGUUCCUGUGGGACUGCUUAGUACGGCGCUAUCCCUUCCGUCUACUACCUGCGCUGCCACCCAAACGGGUACAACCCGACGAAGCAUUCUUAGAGCAACGAAGGAAAGGAUUGAUCAGGUUCCUAAACUUUGUGAUCAAUCACCCAGUUAUCAAGGAAGACGGGUUACUGGCAGUAUUUCUCACAGAGCCUUCAUUAGAAACAUGGCGAAAGCAUUCUUCUGUCUCUUUGGAUGAAGAAUCGGUGAGCAAGCGGAUAGACCAUGUUGAAGAGAUGACGAUCCCAAGUGACUUGGAGGAAAAACUAACAUCUGUUCGCAGCAAGAUAAGCCCACUCAUUGAACAGUGGCAGAGGAUUUGCAUAUUAGCGGAGCGCAUCAUCAAGAGACGCGAAGCUGCAGCGGUACGGAUCCCUUCAAGUCUGCGACGCACCUACUUACCGGCUCACUUCGCGUUCUCUUUGUUCCCUUCUCCGCUUUCUUCUGCUGCUUCAACACACACUUCGGAUUCGGAUACCUCUGCAUUCUAUGAGCAGGCAGAUAUAGCUCGCCUGACCAACGUACUUAAGGUGGUAGCGGAAGUCAACGAAACCUGUUGGAGAGGCGAUGAUUGUGAAUUAUGUGAUGGUGUCCGACAAGGUGUUGGGCAGGUUGCUACGCAUAUGCAGAGACAGUCAGACAUGUUGGAGCAACAGACUAGAACAUUGCUAUACAGAACGUUGGAGUCGCUGAAGAGCCAGCGCGAUCUCUACAUGGCCAUGAGAGACCUUUUCAUUCGCCAUGACCGCCUCUCUGUUGAUAACGUGGAACGGUUGAAGAAGCGUGUGGAUACAAACUCGCUGAAAAUGGAAGGAAUCAAAGCUGCACAGAAGGAUGGCUGGCAAGAAGAGGCGGAUCGCAUCAUUGGCAUCAUUGAGAAAGAUCAAGCUACAAUCGCCUCUCUACUGAGCAGGCGGGUAUUUAUCCGUGCAUCGAUGUGGCAUGAACUUCGAGUGGUUCUUCACAACAGGGAGAACGCACUAAUCACGCAGGCUGUACAAGCAUUCGCUCGAGAUGAACAGAGCUUCACGGACAGCGUCCUUGCGAACUGGAUAUCCCUUGGCAAUGCUGUUGAAGGAAUGCCCUUCGAGUGAACAGCUCUUACAAUAAUAUUCACGCUGUAUAUUUUGUGUUUACGACCAUUCAUGACCCAUUGUUAAGAUUUCUAUAUGAUAAUUAUACAACUUUAUACUAUUGAAGAGC